CCUCAGGACGCACUUCUGAAAACAAAAACAGAUGCCAUCCCAAGCCUGCUUGCCCGGAAGGGGAGUCCCACUGAAGCCAGUGAGGCUUACUUCCGAGUAAGCAUGCUUGGGAUAAAGCGAGGCGCCAGCUCCGCGUCCCACUCAGCUCCUCCUUCCAGGCAACGCCUCAAGCUCGCCCUCUGAGCUCGGCCUCGAAGCGAGAGGGCGCGCGCGCGCUCGUUCAAGGGAGAGGAGGGCCGAGGACACGCCCCCCCCACUCGCUCCCGAGGGGGCGUCACAUGACGCGCUCCCGAGGCCGUGUCAGCUGAUCUCCGCUGAGCUGUGGCGGCGGUGACGGCGCGUUGGCAAUGGAGUUUCUCCUGGGCAACCCUUUCAGCUCUCCCGUAGGGCAGCGUAUCGAAAAAGCUACUGAUGGUUCCCUGCAGAAUGAAGACUGGGCCCUCAAUAUGGAGAUUUGUGACAUCAUUAAUGAGACAGAGGAAGGGCCCAAAGAUGCCAUCCGAGCCGUAAAAAAGAGGAUUGUGGGGAAUAAGAACUUCCAUGAAGUGAUGCUGGCUUUGACAGUUCUUGAAACAUGUGUCAAAAAUUGUGGCCACCGCUUCCACGUUCUAGUUGCUAGCCAGGAUUUUGUAGAAGGUGUACUGGUGCGAACCAUCCUUCCUAAAAACAACCCCCCAACCAUUGUCCAUGACAAGGUGCUAACCCUCAUACAGUCCUGGGCAGAUGCAUUCCGUAGCACACCAGACUUGACUGGAGUUGUGGCUGUUUACGAGGACUUGAGGAGGAAAGGCCUGGAGUUUCCCAUGACUGAUCUGGACAUGCUCUCGCCCAUUCAUACACCACAGAGGAGUGUGUAUACUCCAGACCCCACACCUGGAGUGAAUUCUCCAGCAACAGACUCCCCUCAAGCCAUAGAGUCUAUCCUGCACCCUGUGUCCCUACCGGCAGCUCCAGGGGCCUGCAGUGAUGCCCCAAUCACGCCAACAUCAGAGCAGAUUGGGAAACUACGCAGUGAACUAGAAGUGGUGAAUGGAAAUGUGAAAGUGAUGUCUGAGAUGUUAACAGAGCUAGUGCCGGGACAAGCUGACCCCUCUGAUCUUGAGUUGCUCCAGGAACUGAACCGGACGUGUAAAGCGAUGCAGCAGCGUGUGCUGGAGCUGAUCCCCCGUAUUCUCAAUGAACAGCUAACAGAGGAGCUGCUCAUUGUCAAUGACAACCUCAACAACAUUUUCCUGCGCCAUGAACGGUUUGAACGGCUUCGAUCUGGACAGCCUCCUAAGGAACAAAAUAAUACAGAAAAUGCUGGCAAUUUGAUUGAUGUGGAACCUAGCACUACACCAGCGACCAGAGAGACAGAACCCAACAACACGCUGUCAUCGCAGCUUGCAGGAAUGAGUCUGGGUGCUGAUAGUGUCAGUGCGGGUCUGCAGUCCCUCAACAAUUCAGGAAAGCUGGAAGAAGAGUUUGACAUGUUUGCACUGACCCGUGGCAGCUCCUUAGCAGAGCAACGGAAAGAAGUGAAAUAUGAAGAUCCUCUUGCCAGGAAAGGACUAGCUGGAGCCUUGGAUGUCAGACAGCAGAACACAGGAGCACCAGAGCCAAGUGCUUCAGUGGAGGGAGCCCCCAUCACAAACUGGAUGGUGCGUCAAGGAAUGAUUCCUGUCCCUCAAGCUAACCUCAUGGAGGAUAUUGAGCAGUGGCUGUCCACCGAUGUGGGAAAUGAAACAGUGGAUCCAAAGGGUGUCACCAGUGAAGAAUUUGACAAGUUCCUGGAAGAACGCGCCAAGGUGGCAGAUCAGCUGCCCAACCUUCCCAGCCCCCCCACCGGAGCGCCUUCCCUUUCUGCCAGCUCUGCCCCUGCCCGGAAGAAGGACAAAGAAGAUGAUGCCAUGUUUGCUUUAUGAGCCCUGCUACAGAUCGGUGUGCCGUGAUGGCAAGAGGACCUGUGUGCUGCACUGCACUCCCCUUUCUGGGUGGGGGACAGGGAGCAGUUGGGGAGUGAAUAGAGCAAGAGACUCUCUUUCCUCUCCCUCUUCCUCCUUUUCUAGGCUGCUUUGAAGUUAGAUUAAUUAUUGCUCCAUUUGGGCGAGAAGCAAGUGGUGGGAAAAUGUUCAUAAAGCUGCCAAAUGUGUUGCCCGAUGAGUUGACAGAGUUGGGGUUUCACCUCUGUGGAUUAAAGCCGACUGAAAUGUG